AAUGAUUUGGUCAUGAUACUAUUUAGCAUAUACUAAUCCCCACUCUAAUAAGUAAUAGCUAUUUGGAGGACCUUCAUCCACUUUGUGAUCUAAUCGAGACCCAAACUCUCAAAUAAAGCCAAACUAAAGAUAGAGAAAGAGUUUAUAUACAUAUAUAUAUAUAUAGACUCAUCCCCACCACUCUUUUGCUCUUAUACUUUCUUUUCCUUUCUUUUCUUUUCUUUUCUUUUCCUUUUACAUUUCCCCCCAAUACAACUAUACUCACAAUCCAACCCAACUCAACCCCUUUACUCAAUUUAUCACUCAUUCCCUUGUCUAGUCCUUCCCAACACUCAUUCACCUGAAUCCCAUUCCCAUUCCCAUUCCCUUUCUCUCCCAAUGUCCUCUCUCCUCACAUUCCUCCUCACUCUCCAUCUCCUCCUCCAGGCCAACUCGGCUCAUUCCGGGCCCGACCCAACAGCGGUCCAGCCAUUCGUCACCGACCCAUCUCCGCCGGUAACAAUCCCAGCCUUCCCGGAGCAGUCGGACGUCACCGGAUGCCGUCUAAACCUACCGGAGCAAUUCUACCACGGGAUCAAAACAGCUUGCGGCGGUUCCGGCGGGCAGCUGAAACGAGGACGGUGCUGCCCGGUUCUCGCUUCGUGGCUCUACGCUGCAUACUCGGCCACUGCGCUCGGCAGCAACCGGGCAGUGAAAGCUAAUCCGGAGGUAGCUGCGGCAGCGGGUCGAGGAGUGAACACGACGUCGUUCGACAUGCCGAUGCUGCCUGAUGACUCGGAGACCUGCGUUGGAGAGGUUGAUAAGGCGCUGAGAGGGAGAGGGAUCGAGCUGGCCGGACCGAACGAGACGUGCGACGUCGUUUACUGCUACUGUGGAAUCAGAUUGCAUCCGUUGAGCUGUCCGGAGGCGUUUUCGGUGAGCCAAGAGGGAAAGGUGAGAGGAGAUAAGAGAGUGAGGAGAUUGGAAAGAGAUUGCUUGAGCAGUAGCACUGAUGUCAGUGCCUUUCCUGGUCUUGGUGGCUGCUCAAAAUGCUUGAACACUCUUCAGUUGCUCAACAACAACAACAAGGCUUUGAAUACAAGCAAAAAAUCAGAUGACAGGACCACCAAAAUGCACAACAAGGACUGUGAACUAAUGGGUCUAACAUGGCUCCUUGCCAAGAAUCGGACGGCCUAUAUGCACACGGUUUCAGCCGUCUUGAGGGCGAUCAUGAUGAGCUCGGACGGCUCUGAUUAUCCUCGCCGAUGUCCUCUCACAAGCGACGGAAUGCCUCUGGCCGUUGAUUCUUCUGAAAUAUCAGAUCAAUCCUCUUCCACCAAACUUGGAGGAGCAUUGCCCAUUUCUCUCUUCAUUGCAUUUAUUUCUUUGUUGUGUUGUAUUCAUUUCAUUGCAUAGUCAUUCUAGUUUUUUUAGUCUAGCUACCAACUAGAUGGUAUUUGUGUAGAUUUUUUUCCUUUUUUCUUUGGUUCUUUUGGCACUCUGUACCCUGUUUUUUUGUAUUAUGAAAUGCCCAUUUCCUCAAUUUGCAUUGGUACUUUCAGAUUUUGUUUGUUCUCUAUGAAUUGAGAGAAGCUUAAAUAUAUUCAUAUAUUUUUUUU